CCCUGCCAGAACUUGAGGAGAGCCAGACCGGGGUGUGGUCCGUAGAUCUCCCACAGCGCAACUUUAGCUGCGUCCACCAUCUUCUCUUCAACGAAAUUCUCUGUUGACAUUACUCUGUACCUUUUCUAGUUUUUACUGCUCAGCUUGUAGCUAUAAAAUUAUACAGCAGACUUUUAUACCGCUGCGCAGAAGCUCAACAACGAAGCCCAUGCAUGCACCAUACCACCACACUUUGAGCUAGAGGAGCCACGCCCUCCAAAAUUUAACACGCGUGCGCACAAAGAGCUUGCUGAGCUAGCUAGCUGGCGCUGAGCUGAGCUAAGCUGCCAUGGGGGAGUCACCUGGCGUUCUUCUAACUCCUAGCAUCCUGGGCCCGAGCCCAGGGCUCUCCAUAAUACGCAUAUGGCAAGGGGUGGUGGAGAUUUGCCUGAGACUCACUAUAGCCUUCUGCAGUCUGUGUACGGUGGGUCUCGCAGGGACGGCUGCCGCCAGCGAGACGAGUCUGGAAGGGAAGACCAAGGCCGCCGGGGUAUUUGUGGUGGUAUUUUCCUGUGCCGCCGCCGUGGUAGAGGUGCUCAUAGUGGUCCUGAGGUUUCUCAAUAUUGGGGCCAUCAAUCUCCAGAUGAGGAAAUUCUUUAUUGUAGAUAUCACGGUCAGUUUGCUGCUGUUGGUGGGGUUUGUGACGUCUGGCAUCGUGGAGUGUGUGUUUGCUGCCAAGCUGGAGAGCAGGGACGAGAUUUUGUGGAAGGAAACUUCCGCUGCUGCUGUUUCGUGUUUCGUGUCGGCAGUGCUGGCCGGAGUACUGGCAGUGUGGUCUGUUCUCUUCCUUGUCCGGAGAUGGUACUACAAGAUACUCCAAUACAUGUCACUUCCAUAGCACUUUUUUCACUUGACUUUUUGAACAUAUAUUAUAUCAGAGCAGAACUUUAUUUGCUUUAUGUUUAUUACAAGCAACCUUAUUCUUAAUGAGUUUCAAUUAGAGGGGUGUAUAAUAUUUAUUAGCCCAGAUCCUUCGGCUGCUGUAAGUAUAAUAUUGUGGGAUGCAAAUUUAGUAUAUAGGGUUUCCUAAAACUAUUCGAUUCACA